ACAAUAUGUCCCUAGUAUUGGUCCCUAGCAGUGUAGCAAGCAUGGUUUUGAGUUGAUAUUGGUUUGUUUUGUUAAAUUCAUUAGAGAAGAUUAAGUUUAUCUCUUGCUGUUUGGAGCUCUCGGAGAAGUCUGGGUAUAAAACACACACACAAAAAAAGACACGCGAGCUAGCAAAUUUUAUUACCACCACGGCCCAAGCAUUAAUUAUAUAAAUCGAAAAUCUAUGAUAAGUUUUUAGAUCGAUUUGUAAUCAUUGAUCAAUUCGUUAUUUUCAUUCAGGGAGAUGUCCACUUUGAUCCUCUGAACAAAGGCAAUAUCUAUCUUCCUUUUGUGCGUUCCACCUACAACAGGUGCACUGGCCGCCAUACAGACACUCCGAGACAACAGGUUAAUAAACUUACUUCAUAUAUUGAUGGCUCUGUCGUGUAUGGCGAAUCAGAAAUGAGGAAUGGGGCGUUACGAGAAUUCAAAGAUGGGAAGAUGAAGCUUGGUCCUGAUGGUCUCAUACCGAAAAACACGAUGGCCAUAGCAAAUGAUAAUCCGUUGGGCCGUGAUGCAGACAGUCUAUUGGCCGCUGGCGAUUCAAGAGCUAAUGUUCAACCGAUGUUGAUCGCAUUUCACACUCUGUUUGUGCGGGAACAUAACAGGCUCUGUGACGAGUUCAAAAACAAAGAUCCACUGGCUACAGACGAACAGCUAUUCCAGGCCGCGCGUCGCCUGGUGGCGGCUGAGCUCCAGGCUAUUACGUUCCGUGAAUACCUGCCAGCAUUGUUGGGAGGAACCGAUCACAUACCACCUUAUCAGGGGUACAAUGAGAGCGUCAACGUUGGCAUGAGCAACAUCAUGGCCACUGCAGCUUUCAGAUUCGGUCACAGUCAAGUCAACACUCACUUGUGGCGGUUUGAAGAGAAUGGUACCAUGUCUCAUUACGGUCACCUCCCUCUUAGAGACGCUUACUUCUCACCUGAAAGAGUAUCGAGGGAAGGGGGAGUAGAUCCCCUCUUUAGAGGAGCUGCGAGACAAGCCGCACAGGAGAUCGAUUUACAGAUGGUAGAUGAUAUGCGUAACGUUUUGUUUCCGUCCGGUCACCAUGGUGGUUUAGACCUGGCUGCCAUGAAUAUUCAGCGCGGAAGAGAUCAUGGCCUACCAGACUACAACUCUGUGCGUAAGGCGCUUGGUCUAAAAGAGAUUACUAGUUUCGCCGACAUUACCAACGACUCCAAGAUUGCCCUUAAAUUUGAGGAUCUUUACCAAGACAGAAACAAUGUAGACUUAUGGGUAGCAGGCUUAGCCGAGGAGCAUGAACAUCGAAGUGAAUUGGGACCGACUUUUAGAACAAUAGUGAUGCGUAAUUUCUUGAGAAUCAGAGACGGAGACAGGUUCUGGUACGAGCGUUAUCUCUCUCAAGAGGAAAUCGACCAGGUCCAUUCCCUUACGCUCGGGAAGAUCAUUCGUCAGAACACUGGUUACAAGAGCGCGCCUGAUAACGUAUUUUUCUCCACGGAGUAUUGCGCAGGCGUAGAAAAUUUUCAGUGCGUACCGCACAACGAAACUCCGACUGGAAGUUGUGAAAGUUUGCAACGAAAGCUCUGGACUCUUCAACAAGAUUUGGAAAAAAGCAAGCAGACUUGUGACGCAAAAGGUUCGGUAACUGAUGCCACUGCGUCCAUCGACGCCAUUGACAUUGUUUUAAUAGUGUUGUGUGUUCUGUUCUUCUUGCUUGCUGGACUAUUUUUAUUUCUUUUUCUACGUGCCUGGCUCCUGCUGAGGCGAAAUCUGCUAGAUAACGUUAACGCACAGACAGAUGUUGGACUUGAAUUGAGGAAUAAGUCCAAGAAAGAGAGCGAAAUUUAUCAAAAUGCGUGCGGCGAUUUAAUUAUUUCCUAUUGAAGCAAGAUGGUUUGAUUAUGUGAAGGUGGGGGGAGGGUGAUGGGGCACUGAGUUGUCUAGACUAUGGAUAGUGCCUUUCUUUUCCUAGCAAGCGACGCGAAUACACCAAUGCGAAGCAAAUGCUUUCCUUAUCAUUGGCCGAAUUUGCACAAUUUUAACUUUUUUAAUGGCGGGGAGGAUUUCAGGAACAAAAACCGACUGCUCGUUGGGGAGUUCUGGUAAACCGAGCACAACCACUGUGCACUUUCUUUUUUUUCUUUCUUAAAGAUCAUGGAAUUAGCCACGCGAUACUUAAACGCAAUAUUGCAAGCAAUAACUCUCUAGUAGGCACCCACCCACCUUCCCCCUCACCUCACCAUCCUUCAUGUACGAUUCAUCCGCCCAAAUCAAGCGGGCUAUGAUUUUUGUUGAUAAAAACAACGUGUUUCUUACUCUUGGCCUAAAAAGCCAAAAGAAAAAAAAAUUCUGAACAUCGACGAGCGAAGUCUAACCUUCGGACAUACACACAUACAGAAACCUGACCACCUAAUAAAAUGCGUGAAAAAAUUUGUUGUUCUAACAUACAUUGUACCUGAGUAAAAUUAAACCUCAAGAAAAGUAGGAAUAGGCUGUUGUGGACCCUAUAAGAUUACGACAACAGAUCUAUAGAUUUGUGUUAGAGAUUCAUUGUUGAAUAGUGCCAUUCAGAAUUGCUGAUAUUCACUCAACAGUUGUAAUAAUUUCCCUUUCGUUUUGUGAAGUAGUUGAUUUAACCUAAUUGUGUUACAACAGAAACAGAAAUUCAAUUAAAAAGUCACAAUGGUGAAAAAA